GCAUUCCUCAACCGAAACAAUUAGAGAACUAGUUAUUCCCGCGGGACACGAACUUACAUGAAACUAAACUUUAAAAACAAGUUUACUUUCGUUAGAAAAUAGAAAAACCAACGGAAAAGAAAGUCUCAUGUUGCUCCUCAGAAAACGCGUAGAAUAGUCUCAUUGGCCCUCGUCGAUGGGACAAUCCAGUGUAUGCGUUACAAGGCAACUAGCAUUUAGUUCGUGAAAGAAUGUUUCGUUGGAAAAACCAACGCCGAUGUCAAGAUCAGUCUCCUUUCUCUUUUCGGGAGCAGAGCUGAAAAAGAUGGGAAAUUCCAAUGAUUCUUCGUUUAUUAGAAUGUCGAUUCCUCACAAUCCCUCUUUGUGAUGCUGCGGAACCAUGGCAAUUAGGAUCUCAAGACGCAGCAACACCUAUGAUGCAAGGAAUCAUUGACUUACAUCACGAUAUCUUUUUCUUCCUCAUUCUUAUUUUGGUUUUCGUAUCACAGAUGUUGGUUCGCGCUUUAUGGCAUUUCAACGAGCAAACUAAUCCAAUCCCACAAAGGAUUGUUCAUGCAACUACUAUCGAAAUUAUCCGGACCAUAUUUCCAAGUGUCAUUCUUUUGUUCAUUGCUAUACCAUCAUUUGCUCUGUUAUACUCAAUGGACGGGGUAUUAGUAGAUCCGGCCAUUACUAUCAAAGCUAUUGGACAUCAAUGGUAUCGGACUUAUGAGUAUUCGGACUAUAACAGCUCCGAUGAACAGUCACUCAGUUUUGACAGUUAUACGAUUCCAGAAGAUGAUCCAGAAUUGGGUCAAUCACGUUUAUUAGAAGUUGACAAUAGAGUGGUUGUACCAGCCAAAACUCAUCUACGUAUGAUUGUAACACCCGCUGAUGUACCUCAUAGUUGGGCUGUACCUUCCUCAGGUGUCAAAUGUGAUGUUGUACCUGGUCGUUCAAAUCUUACCUCCAUCUCGGUACAACGAGAAGGAGUUUACUAUGGUCAGUGCAGUGAGAUUCGUGGAACUAAUCAUGCCUUUACGCCUAUCGUCGUAGAAGCAGUGACUUUGAAAGAUUAUGCGGAUUGGGUAUCCAAUCAAUUAACCCUCCAAACCAACUAAACCGGGGAAGCUGAAGCGGAAAUGCAAUUCUCGGGUGAGGGAAGGGGGAAGCUCCAGGAAGGCUUCGCUCGCUCACUCAAAAAGCUCUAACGCUCGUUUACGAGUGGAGUGCAUAAGCCCUUAUUGAAGUAGGGUGAGGCCUUACUACACGAUCUCGUAAGUCAAGCACGGAACGAGCCUUGUCUACGAAGCUUCGCUUCAUCAUCUUGCUUGCUUCUGGCGAAGCUUAACGCACUAUAACAUAGGCAUGCAUGAUGGUAUGGUAGGAAGACUCCUUUUAAGGCCGACCACUACAUAGGAGCGAUAGGAAGCCAAGCCGUCAAAAGGAAAGGCGAGCAGCCCUUAUUGCAAUAGCAAACGGCCUACUUAUAGCCCUAUU